AUGGUACCCUACGGCCUGACAGACCACUGGUUUGCAGUGAGGGUGACGCUCAAGGCGGCGGCAGCAGAUGAUCAUGGGCCGGGGUUGUGGAGGCUCCAGAUGCCUCGGUCCGGGGGUGAUGGUGUCAAGAACAUCGUCUCGGUGGUGGUGUCGUCACAUGAGAGCUGUCCGGAUCAAAGCUUGGAGAGACUUGUGGUGAACCUGCGUGCAUGUAUGCGUGCUCAUGUAACAGAAGAGAGAAAGAGGGUGAGAGCGACUUUGUUACACCUGGAACGGAAGGUGGAAGAGUUGCGAUGGAAAGUGAUGGCGGACGCCUCAUCGCAGGCCCUAUACGAGGAGCUGGUCAAGGCUGAGGCAGCACUUAAACUCUAUCAGGAUGAUAGCAAGGAGCGGCUACAGGUCAUGACGGGGCUGCUGGUGGAGCUGGCCAGUGAAACGCCUUCGGGUUUCCUGUCGGGUUUGGUCAAAUCGAGAAAGGCAAAGACGGAAAUUAUGGAGCUGGUAUACAAGGGGGUACAGAGGAAAGGGGCGAAGGAAGUACUGCAGGCGGCUUCUGAACAUUUCAGGGAAGCGUACGCGGAGGCAGCGCCUGGUCGCACUGCGGAGCCAUGGCCGAUAGAUGAGGGAAGGAAGCUGCAGGAGACGGACAAGCUGCAGCUGGAUGCGGAGUGGUCGGAGCAAGAGGUGAAGGCAGCGCUCAGAGGCUUACCAGUGGGGAAGGCCCCGGGACAGGAUGGGCUGCCGAAGGAGUUUUUUGAACGCAACUCGGAGCUGCUUGGCCCGGCUGUGAUGAAGGAGGUUCGUGGCUUCGAGUCGACGGGGGUACUCUCGGAAGCCUUUACAACCGCGGUAACCAUUCUGCUGCACAAGAAAGGAGACAGAGGCGAUUUGGGAAAUUACCGACCGAUUACAUUACUCAGUUUCUUUUAUAAGCUACUGGCGAAGGUGAUGGCGAACAGAAUGAAGCAGGUCUUACCGCGGGUCAUCUCGGACAAACAGUUCGGCUUCCUCCCGGGGAGGAGCCUAGCCGAUGCGGUCUCGCUGGUAGCGGAUGUAAUUGAUGCCGCGCAGGAGGAGGAUGAAGAUUGGCUGCUGCUGCUGCUGGAUUUCCAAAAGGCUUACGAUUAUGUGUCCCGGGGCUACCUGUUUGCGACGCUUAGUGAUAUGGGUUUCCCGGAGAAGUUUGUGCGGUGGGUGAGGGGCCUGCACGACGGCGCGCCGACCAGGAUGCUGCUGAACGGUUGGGUAGGAGAGCGUGUGGCAAUGGACAAGGGAGUGCGGCAGGGAUGCCCGCUUGCUCCAUAUCUCUUCCUUUGCGCGGUGGAGCCGCUCUGCCAGGAAAUUGGGAGGAGGAAUCUGGGUGUUCGGAAACGAGGGGUGAAGGGGGAGUUAGCCUACAUAGGAUAUGCCGACGAUACAACACUUGUCUUAAAAGGAAAGGAGCAAGUGGCUACAGCGAGUAAGCUGCUCGACGACUUUGCAGAGCUUUCGGGGCUGAGAGUGAACAGCAGCAAAACGACGCUGAUGCCACUGGGGAAAAACAGGAGGAGACUGCUGCCGAUUGAGUCGCCCUUCACGUGGGUUGACAAAGACAAGUCGGAGCGGCUUCUGGGAAUCUGGAUAACCUCUGGCGGGUCGCCGGGUCCUGCAUGGGAUAAAGCAUUUGAAAAGGUCAGUGCGGUGCUGAGCUGCUGGGAAUCGAAACACCUCAAGACGUCGGCGCGAGUUACGAUCAUCAACAGCUAUGCGAUGCCGAUCCUGCUGUUUCAAGCGCAGAUCUAUGCCCCGCCGCACGAUAUCUGGACCAAGGUGAAGAGGCUGUGUCACAACUUCAUCUCGGGAGGAAGGGCGGUCCUCGAUAGGCAUUUCACCCUCUGGAGUUUGACCUGUCGUGCAGGAGACGGAAGGAAGGGGGGCUGGGCGUGA